AUGGCCCCAAGCAAAAGCAGGAAACGCCCCCUUCCCAUAGACAACAAUGACAAGGAGAUGGUUCAGCAGCCUCCCCCAAGACGUGCAUGCAUCAACAGUGGCAACUUGGGCAGUGCAGGCAAUGCAGGCAAUGCUGGCAAUCCAUCAUUGUCUCCCAAUCCCAAUGCCUACUUCCCCAACAAUGACAUGGCAAAGGAGGUUGCUUUUCUUGACACACUCUAUGGUCCUUCUGGCAACUAUGCACCCCAUCACUCCAGCCACCUGUCAACAGUGAGCAAUGCUUUGUCCACUGCUGGCUCUGCCCCUCCUAGCUGCACUGGCAGCAGCAAUGCUGGCAAUGCUGGCAUGGCUAUUUGUUCCCCACCUGCUCAGAGCACCUCCCAGUGGGAGAAGGAGCUGAGCAAGCCUCCUCCUGGGUAUGAGGAGGAUGAAACCUUCAGGGCGAGGCAGGAAGAGGCAGAUGCAGAGAUGGCGAGGGAGAUGCAGGACUUUCUGGAUGGGGGUGGGGUUCUUGAGGAGGAUAUGGUGAAACCACCUCCUGUGCAGGCUCCAACAAUGCCUGCUUGGGACAAGGAGAAGGACUUUUUUGAUGUGUUGUUGGAAGUGGAAACCUACUCCCCUGCCGAGCUCCAGGCAAUCUACAAGCUCAAACACCCCAACCCCUACAUUCCAGCCAAAGCAAUGCACAAUGCUCAGCCUGAGUCCAGAGUUGCUCCCACCUACAGCAAACCAACAAUGCUCCCCACCUUCACUUUUGACUUUCAGCAAUACAUGCAUGGCAUUGAAUGCAACAGCCCUAUCCACUUUGGUCCUUACCAGCUGGUUAUGUGUAAGAAGCCUGAUGAUUACUCUGAUGAGGUCAAGCACAUCAGAAAUGCACCAAUUGACACUGCUGCAUUGCUUGAGGAUGGGCUUGAUGUGCCUGGUAUCAAUUGCUACCCUCUGGCCGAGGCUUUCUGCCAUCACAAUAGGAGGUGGAUCUUCUGGAAUGUCUAUUUGCAUGACCUGUUUUGCAUGCCACAACCACUGGACUGA